GAAAUGCAGGCUGGAAUCAUGGAGCCCCCUUUGUGCGCAGCGAUGCUGGCGAGCGGGGCUGCGCGGAGGGAGCCUCGAGCCAAAGCUGCGGGUAAUCAGAGGCCCACCCUUGUGGUUGUUGUUAUGUGCCUUCACGUCGAGUACAACUUAUGGCAACCCUAUGAACCCAUGAUCUCCAACAGCAUCUGUCGAGAACCACCCUGUUCAGAUCUUCUAAGUUCAGGAUACAUUUGGGGGGUCAAGGCUGAGGGAGAACCAUCUGAAGUAUCACUGGAAAAAGCUGAGGAGCAGGUGCAGGAGCAGAAACUGAGGAGUCAAGAUGGAGCAAAGAGACAAAAGGAGAGACAGACUCACACGGGAGACAAACCUUAUCAAUGCUUCGAGUGUGGAAAGAGCUUCAGGUGGGGUAGCCACCUUACUUCGCAUCAAAGAACUCACACAGGAGACAAACCUUAUAAAUGCUUUGAGUGUGGAAAGAGCUUCAGUCAGAGUAGCAACCUUACUUCGCAUCAAAGAACUCAUACAGGGGACAAACCUUAUACAUGCUUCGAGUGUGGAAAGAGCUUCAGUGACAGUAGCCACCUUACUUCGCAUCAAAGAAGUCACACAGGAGACAAACCUUAUAAAUGCUUGGAGUGUGGAAAGAGCUUCAGUCACUAUAGCAACCUUAGUAAACAUGAAAAAAUUCACACAGGGGACAAACCUUAUCAAUGCUUAGAGUGUGGAAAGUGCUUCAGUCAGAGUGGCCACCUUACUUCGCAUCAAAGAACUCACACAGGAGACAAACCUUAUAAAUGCUUGGAGUGUGGAAAGAGCUUCAGUCGGGGUAGCCACCUUACUUUGCAUCAAAGAACUCACACAAGAGGCAAACCUUAUAAAUCCUUGAAGUGUGGAAAGAGCUUCAGUCAGAGUUGCAAUCUUACUGUGCAUCAAAGAACUCACUCAGGGGACAAACCUUAUAAAUGCUUCGAGUGUGGAAAGAGCUUCAGUCGGAGUAACAGCCUUACUUCGCAUCAAAGAACUCACACAGGGGAUAAACCUUAUAAAUGCUUGGAGUGUGGAAAGAGCUUCAGUGAGAGUUGCAGCCUUACUGUGCAUCAAAGAACUCACACAGGGGACAAACCUUCUACAUGCUUCGAGUGUGGAAAGAGCUUCAGUCGGAGUAACAGCCUUACUUCGCAUCAAAGAACUCACACAGGGGACAAACCUUAUAAAUGCUUGAAGUGUGGAAAGAGCUUCAGUCAGAGUUGCAACCUUACUUCGCAUCAAAGAACUCACACAGGGGACAAACCUUAUAAAUGCUUUGACUGUGGAAAGAGCUUCAGUCAGAGUAGCACCUUUACUUCACAUCAAAGAACUCACACAGGGGACAAACCUUAUACAUGCUUCGAGUGUGGAAAGAGCUUCAUUAAGAGUAGCCACCUUACUUCGCAUCAAAGAACUCACACAGGUGACAAACCUUAUAAAUGCUUGGAGUGUGGAAAGAGCUUCAGUCAGAGUGGCCACCUUACUUCGCAUCAAAGAACUCACACAGGGGACAAACCUUAUAAAUGCUUCGAGUGUGGAAAGAGCUUUAGUCAGGGUAGCUACCUUUCUUUGCAUCACAAAACUCAUACAGGCGACAAACCUUAUAAAUGCUUGUAGUGUUGAAAGACCUUUCAUCAGAAUGGCUACCUUCAGGCGCAUCAAAGGAUCUGUACAAGGGAAGAGAUUUAUCAAUGCUUUGAAAAGUUUGUUGUUGUUAUGUGACUUCAAGUUGAUUAAGACUUAUGGCGACCCUAUGAAUCAGUGACCUCCAAGAGCAUCUGUCAUGAACCUCCCUGUUCAGAUCUUGUAAGUUCAGGUCUGUGGCUUCCUUGAUGGAGUCAAUCCAUCUCUUGUUUGGCCUUCCUCUUUUUCUACUCCCUUCUGUUUUUCCCAGCAUUAUUGUGUUUUUCUAGUGAAUCGAGUUCCAAGGGCCAGAUAGAAAGGUCUGGAGGGCCACAUUUGCCCCCACCCUCAGGGAGAGAUGCUCCCCAUCCCUGGGUUGAAGGCUAACAUCCAGUCCUCACAGCAUGACUAUGUUCUCUGUUGUUUCAAGAGGCAGCUCAGGCCCCGCCCGGGGGAUUGAAAGUACACUAUUUCUAGAAGAGAUGUACAAAUAAGUAUAAAGCAGGCAGGUAUAACUGUCAAUCAACCAAAAAAGGGACAUCCCCUCAUUUCCUCCCCCCCCCUCAAAAAAGGUAAUGAAAGGCAAGCAAGGGAUGGUGCUUAAGGGAAGGGUGCAGUGUAGCAGGAUAUUGUCGUACCAUCCUUCUGGAAAGUCUGCAUCCUCUGAGCAUGGCAAGAUGGUGUCCCACAGGGAGAAUGAUGGGAUGCCCACAGAGCAGCCAAGUCUAACUGAUGAGGGCUGCAGGCGGGGAGGGGGAGGAGAGAGAGAGAGAGAGAGAUCACUAUGGGGAGGGGGAAUUAAUCCCAGCCAGGGUUUGGGUCCAUCACCUUGGAUAUGGGGCCAAUUUGAAAUACCAAGGCAGUUGGGGGGACACUGCACCAUCCCUGCCAUGAUUGACUCUUCCCUGCUGCUCCCUCAGGUGAAAUCCCACCCAUGCAGCACAGCACGAAGCAAGCUCCUCUGUCAUUCUUUCAUAAAGUUACUUCUAUUUCCCAGUGUGCGUUCAUUCAGGAGAGGCUUGGCUGUGAACCGGUACCUUGGCCACUGACCACGACUACUGUGUGAAUUGGGGAUUUUGCCUAAAGGCUCCAGGGCAAGGAGUUCCUGUUUGGCUCUUGCUGUCUGUAAUCCUUGGCAAGUUUUCUGGGCUCUGAGUUUCCCCUUGGCUCAGGAUGGUUAACCAGUCUAAGGGGUGGUGGCACUCUACCUUAUA